UUCCCAAUCUAUAUUUCAAUGCAUAGUCGGAUAAUCAGUAGAAUGGAACUGUUUUCCUGGAAUCCCAUAGUUUUUUUUUACAUAAAAUCUAUUUUCACUUUCUAAACUUUUUUUGGUUGGCUGGAGGACGUUGAUCAGUUUGCUGAAAUAUUCGACGGAGGAUUAAGAUGGCUGUCGCAAAACAGGAUAAAGCAGAAAUUGAUAUCAGUGUGUUGGAGCAGUUACUUUAUUCACAAAAAGAAGCUGCUCGAUUUCUCCACAUCGGAUAUUUAUCAUUGAGGGAAUUUCCGGAAGUUGCCGAACAGAUACGCAUGUCAGCAGAUAAAGCCCAAACCCAACAUAUGAUGACGGUUGGUUUGAUAAAAGAAUUCAAAAUCACAGCUAACCAUGUUAUCACAAGGACUGUACCAAUCUUGAAAACGGGAAUUGAGAAAAAGUCGACCAAAGUGGUACAAGCAACACUUGGAAAGCUGCUGGAAUACGUGAACAAUAUGAUCCGGAAGACGGAAAACACGAAACACGAAUACGCACUAAUAAAGAAUAAAGUACAACAGAAUAUUUCAUCUGUUAAGAAGAAACAAAUGGAGGUCAAGAAAGAAGGAACCGUCCUUGACAGUGACAUCACUCUACAGAUGCAAGAAUUAGAAGCGGCAAAAUCUGAAUAUUGGGAUCUGCAAGCAGAGCGUGAAAAAGCAGAAAAAGAAAUCGAUGAACUUUAUCAGAAAAGACACCACUAUCUUGAUCAAACAGUACCAUCAGAGGAAGAGAGACAAUUUAAUGCUGCAGUAGACAACUUGUUACUUCCCGGCUUGGCUAUGGAAGCUGUUGCAUUGGCAGAAGGAACCGCCAUUGUUGCGGCUGGAACAACUGCUGCGUUGACGGCCGCACUUUUACCGGGAGCCAUUUUAGUCGGUGGGUGGAUGUAUAACUCUAUGCGCAGAGAGGAAGAGAGAAACCGGGCCUUUCAGGCAAGCGAGCAAGUGGCAGAAGAUCUUAAGCUAAAACAAGAACGGGAUGAUAAAGCCCGUGAACGCAUCCUUGCGAUAAAAGAAGAUUCAAUCAGGAAAAUAGCUAUGAUUAAGGGCAACUUUGUCAAUAAAGCGUUCCUUGGGAAUCCAGAAAGUCUUGUACAGGCAAAGAUACAGCUUGAAAACGUGGGCAAACACUUUCAGCAGAUUUUAGAGGUAUGGAUACACUUUGCGGCACAACUGAACCAUCUUAGCCAAAGCAAAGAUGAUGCAGAACUUAUGUAUAUAGGCUUCGAAGAUAACCCUGAAGGAUUUGCUAAAGAACUAAAUCAAUCCGUAGAUGAAAUAAAACGCGUAUGGCAAGGAUUUAUGGAUGGUUGUACAGAAUAUCAGACAGAAAGUGAUCAAGAGAAGCAUCAGCUAUAUGGCUUUCUGACAGAACCUGUAGAUGAGCUAAGCAUUGAAGAAUGUGAAAGGAAACGCGACGCAAUUUUGGCAAAAAUGGAAACCGACCUGGAAAAUCUAACCGUUGGCUUUAUUGGAAGAACACCCAUAACUUAUGAGUGAAAACGGGGACAUAUUACGGUGAAAAUUGUGUAAAAAUCCCUUUUUUCAUUCUUUUACUUUAUAUCAAUUUUAAACUAAAUUCAGUACGUAAGAUCAUUGUGCCAAAAAAAAGGUAUGACCUGGUAGGCAAAUUUAAGACUCUGAUCACAGACUGCAGAAGCGUGUUGCCAUACUUGGACAUGUAUAUAUAUAUUGUUGGCAGAUGACUGUAAAGCCUCAUAACAUAAUUGAAAUGUGACUUUGGUUGCGCGCCUCUUGAGAUCCGAUCCGGCAAAAUCCACUAGAGCCGGAUACAGCAUUCCAGUUUGAGCUAUUAAGUAUUAUAAUAACCCUAUUAUAUAUUGCACUGAAAAAUCUUGUGUGUGUAUCUUUUCAAGAUUUCUGUCGCCAAUUGCUGCUUGGAGUUUAUUUUUAAAAGUACAUGAAGUGUCUAUAUGUAGCACAUGUUUCAGUUGAAUACAUAAAGUACGUUAAUUAUAGUAUGAAAACGAAUAUAACAGGCAGUUAUAUUGGAAUUUAAUUUGUUAAGUGUAUAUAAGAAUUGUCUUUUGUAGCACAUGUUUCAGUCAUUUGAUAUACAUAAAGUAUGUUCAAAAUCUAA